ACGGUUGUGGCCACUAAAGGUCUGAAACUACUUUUUUAAGUGAGAUAUAAUUUUAUUUGGGGUAGUCGUUGCUUAGAAAUAAUUCAUUAUGUCUGAUAACAAUAUAUCAAGGGUCGAAGCCUUUUAUACUGGAAGAUCUGUGCUCGUGACUGGCGGUACUGGAUUCGUUGGGAAGACUUUAAUAGAAAAGUUGCUGUUCAGCUGCAGUGCGAUUGACAAAAUUUAUGUGCUAGUACGUGACAAGUAUGGCAAGAAGGCGAGCGAGCGACUGGCUCGUAUUACUAGCACGCCAGCUUUCGACAGAUUAAAAGCACGCCGAAAUGAGGACCUCAAAAAAAUUACAGUCAUCACUGGGGACAUUACCAGGGUGAAUCUCGGAUUGUCGGAUAAUGUUUUAAAUAUAUUGGAGGACGAGGUGUCGGUUGUUUUUCACUUAGCAGCAACGGUAGCAUUCAAACUGCCUCUGAAAGAUGCCAUUAGGAUCAACGUAAAUGGAACUGAAAAUGUAAUAGAAUUAUGUCGCCGUCUGAAAAAAUUACAGGCCUUCGUGCACGUAUCGACAGCAUUCACCAAUUCGGAUCGAAAGGAAAUCGAUGAAGUGGUGUAUCCCAUGCCUAUUAAGUUAGAAGACGCCAGAAAAGUUGCUGAAUCGUUUUCCCAUAAGGAAAGGAUUAUUGACGUGUUUCUAGGAAAAAAACCCAAUACUUAUACUUUUUCCAAAGCAUUCGCCGAAGAACAAGUUAUGAAGCAAAGCGAAGAAUUGCCAGUUGCUAUAGUGAGACCAUCUAUAGUAAUGUCAGCCCUCAAAGAACCAUGUCCUGGCUGGAUAGACACUUGGAAUGGUUCCACAGGACUCUUCGUAGGUAUGCCUGCUGGCGUCCUGAAGGUGGUCAAAGGCAGGGGCACCAACAUCACAGAUCUAAUCCCAGUUGACAUUGUUAGUAACCUUAUUAUCGUCGCCGCUACGGAGUGUAAAAAAUCAAAACAUAUUAAAGUAUAUAACUGCUGUUCUGGACCUUCGAAUCCUAUCACGUGCGAUGGGGCCAGCGCGAUUUGUAGGAGAAUAGCAUUGAAACACUCGUUGAAUUCGUUACCGUGCCCCUUCCUAAUAUUUACACCGAACGUUAUACUAUACAAGAUACUUACUUUCGUACUACAAAUUAUACCAGCGUAUAUUAUUGACUUUUGGUGUAUGUUAAUGAGAAAGAAAGCUACCCAAAUGAAGCUUCAGGGUCGUCUGAAAAAAAUCAUAGAUGCUGUAAAAUUCUUCCUACUUAACGAAUGGAAGUUUUCUGACCGAAAUGUGAGGAAUCUUCUAGAAAGUAUGUCAGCUGUGGAUAGAGAAGCAUUUAAUUUCGACGUCAAAACGAUUAAUUGGGUAUCUUGCCUCGAAGAUUACGUAUUGGGAGCAAGGAAAUAUUUGCUCAAACCCGAGAAAUAGAUUCGGAGAAAAUAAUGUCGGUAUUGUGUAUAGAGAUUAAUUAAAUGAAGAGAUUAAUUAAUAUUAGAAAAAAUAUUGAUAGUAUAUGUGUGAUGGGGCAUG